AUGAACACUGCUGGUGGGGUGUAUCUGUCUGUGCUGUCCUCGCUCCUGACUGUGCUUGGGGCCCUGGCUGUUGUGUCUGCCCUCGCUCUGGCUCCACUGUCUGUCCUGGCCAACGUUGCCUAUGGGGCUGCCGACGUCAUCCCCAGCACCGGGGUAGCAGGACCCCCAUCGCCCAUUUCCGUGCCGUGCUCCAGUUUGGUAGCUGGGGUGCUCUAUGGCUCCUUUUCACUGAGGGAGCUUUUUCCCUCAAGGGCUCCAGGUUGUUCCUGGUCCCUGGAAAACCCAGAUCCCACCAAAUAUUCCCUCUACCUCCGCUUCAACCGCCAUCCUUCUAUCUGUCGAAUGCACUCCCCCAUGCUGCUAUCCCUUGAUCACCACCUGGCCAAUCAAAGCUGUCCACUUCACUUAGAGGUAGCUUCAGCUCGGGAUCAGGAAAUCAUUGAUCUCUGUAGAAGUCAAUCCAACCCGGAUACCCCGUACUCCUUCCUACAGUUUGACAAGAACUUUGUUCAGCUAUGUCUAAGCAGACAUCCAGCCGCAGAUGGACCUCCGGUAUCCAAGGAUUUAUUGGAGAUGAGGUUGGUUGAGGUGUUACUCAUUAACAACGAGAACUCAAGUCAGUUUACCUGCGGCGUUCUCUGCCGAUGGUUUGAGGAAUGUUUACGAACGGGUGACCAAAAAGAAGAUGUUCCAACCAGGGAUGGUUGCGGACUGACACAAACGGGCUGCAUAUGUCCUAAUCACAACAUCAUGCCACCUUCUAUCCCACUGGUCCCUGAGACACCGCACAGUUUCAGCAAUGGUUCAAUGAUUCCGGAUGACUGCUGUGUCACUGAGCUGCAUUCAAAUGAUGCAAUCGCCAUCGCGCCCAGAGAUGUCCGAGAUCCAUAUGAUGAUGACUUGAAGGUGAAGACACAAAGACCCAGAUCAGCUGACCAGCCAGGUGUGUUUCAGGCACAAACAGGUGACCCUGCAGCUGAAGAGUGGUCUCAGUGGAGUAUGUGUUCUCUGACAUGUGGGCAUGGCUGGCAAGUGCGGACACGCUCCUGUGUUUCGUCCCCUUAUGGUACACUUUGCAGUGGUGCCCUGCGAGAGACACGAAUGUGCAACAAUACAGUUACCUGUCCAGGUGAACCAGGCAUAAUAAGCUCAGUGCAUGGACUGUGGCACGAGUGGUCCUCUUGGAGUCUAUGCUCUGUGACUUGUGGGCGGGGCUCCAGGACUCGAACCAGGAAGUGUGUGAACGAAGGUGGGGCCGUGCCUUGCGGGUGGCCCGAGACACAGACGAAACUCUGCAACAUAGCAGUGUGUCCUGUGGAGGGCAAGUGGUUAGAGUGGGGCCCAUGGUCAAGAUGCAGCGUCUCCUGUAACACGGGCACCCAGCAGAGGCAGAGACGUUGCAGUGCAUCCGUGCACGGGUGGGCUGAGUGUAAGGGCCCCCAUCAAGAGAGCAGAGAGUGUGCCAACCCUUCAUGCACUGGCGGUGGUAAUUGGGGCAACUGGAACCACUGGAGCCUCUGCAGCAAGACAUGUGACUCUGGAUGGCAGCGGCGCUCCAGGAUAUGUGAGGGCAACGGGGAACAAGGCUACCCAUGUGACGGAUCGGCAGAGGAGGUUCGGUCCUGCAAUGAAAAGAAGUGCCCUGCUCCUCAUGAGAUAUGUAAAGAUGAGAACCUCCUGACAAUGUCAUGGAAGAGAGCUUCAGCUGGUGAAACAGUUUACAACAAGUGUCCAACAAAUGCUACAGGAUCUGCUAGUCGUCGCUGUAUGCUGGAUAAUAAUGGCGUUGCUUUCUGGGGUCCUCCGAGCUUCGCCAGAUGCAUCUCUGUUGAAUAUAGAUAUUUACAUAUAUCUUUACGAGAGCAUCUCGCGAAGGGUCAGAGGACCCUGGCUGGGGAGGGCAUGUCUCAGAUCGUAAGAAGUCUCCUGGAGCUCUUGCAGAGGAGGAGCUACUAUAGUGGCGAUCUUCUCUUUUCCACGGAGAUCUUGCGAAAUGUGACGGACACCUUCAAAAGAGCAACCUACAUCCCAGCUCCUGACGACGUGCAGAAAUUCUUUCAGAUAAUUAGCCACAUGUUGGACAUGGAAAACCUGGACAAGUGGGAAGACAUACAUCAGGUCGCCCCUGGUGCUGCAUUGUUGAUGAGGAUUUUAGAAGAUUUUAUUCAUCUCAUUGGUGAAGCCCAGAAGCCUUUCCAGAGUUUUUUAAUCGUUACCAACAACCUCAUGAUAACCAUCCAGCGAGAGCCUGUGUCAGCAGUUUCCAGUGAUAUAAACUUCCCAAUGAAGGGCCGGAGGGGAAUGAAGGACUGGGCGAGAACAGCAGAGGACAAACUCUACAUCCCUAAGGAGGUCUUUACUGUACCAAAUGAAGAGGCGGAAACAGAUUCAGAGUCAACUAUGUAUUAUGUCAUUGGAGCCAUCUUGUACCGGACAUUGGGCAAUAUUUUGCCUGCACCCCUCCAACCUGCUGUACUUAACUCCAAGAUCCUCACGGUGACAAUCCGACCAGAAUUGGAACCACGUGAUCCCGUAGUUGUGGUGGAGCUUGCUACACUUUUCAAUGGUACAGCCGACGCUCAGUGUGUAGUGUGGGACUACGGCAACCCGGAAGCUGGCGCUGAAAACUGGGGCACAGAAGGCUGCCAAACGCUCACAUCAACCACUGUCCAAACCAAAUGCCUGUGCAGCAGGAUUUCCACCUACGCUGUGUUAGCACAGCAAGCUAAAGAGCCGGAAAUGGGUCCAACCAGCAUGCCCUCAGUGCCCCUCAUUGUCGGCUGUGGGGUCUCCUGCACUGCUGUGCUCAUUCUGCUUCUUAUCUACGCUGCCUUCUGGAGGUAUAUCCGCUCAGAGAGGUCCAUCAUCCUGGUGAAUUUUUGCCUUUCGAUCCUGGCCUCCAAUUUAUUGAUUUUGGUGGGACAAUCACAAACGCUUAGCAAGGGCCUCUGUACCGUGACUGCUGCCUUUCUACAUUUCUUCUUCUUGGCCUCUUUCUGCUGGGUGCUGACGGAAGCUUGGCAGUCCUACCUGGCGGUCAUUGGGAAAAUGAGGUCACGACUAAUUCGCAAGCGUUUUCUGUGCCUCGGCUGGGGUCUUCCGGCCUUAGUUGUAGCAGUGUCUGUUGGAUUCACCAGAGCUAGGGGUUAUGGCACCACCAGCUAUUGCUGGUUAUCUCUUGAGGGAGGUUUGCUUUAUGCCUUUGUUGGGCCAGCUGCUGUCAUAGUUUUGGUGAAUAUGCUCAUUGGAAUCGUGGUUUUUAACAAGCUCAUGUCUCGAGACGGCAUUUCAGACAAGUCAAAAAAGCAGAGAGCGGGUGUCCCAGUGGAGGCGCGUAGCCGACUUCUCCUGAAAUGCUCCAAGUGCGGCGUGAUCUCGAGCGCUGCUCUCUCCAGCUCUACUGCCAGCAGCGCCAUGGCGUCUCUAUGGAGCUCCUGCGUGGUUCUUCCUCUUCUGGCCCUCACUUGGAUGUCAGCCGUCUUGGCCAUAACAGAUCGGCGCUCGACACUUUUCCAGGUCCUAUUUGCCGUCUUUGACUCGGUUCAAGGUUUCGUAAUCAUCACUGUCCACUGUGCCAUGCGGAGAGAGGUUCAGGAUGCGAUGCGCUGUCGGAUGGGGGGAUGUAAAGAUGACAGCGAGAACUCCCCAGACUCUUGCAAGAAUGGACAGGUGCAGAUCAUGACCGAUUUUGAGAAGGACGUGGACUUGGCAUGCCAAACAGAGAGAGGACACCCAUUCAUUUUCAAGGAGGUGAAUACUUGCAACCCCGCCACCAUCACUGGCACCUUGUCCCGGAUAUCCCUGGAUGAUGACGAUGACCCCAAACUUGCUGCCCAUCAGGACGGUGGGGUCGGGGUCAACUUCAGCUCCCUUCCUGGGAAUAUUCCCCCUCCGAACCUUAUUGUGCAGGUUCCACCACUUGGAGGGCUCAAUGAGCUGAGCGAGACACCACUGAAGAAGGAGAUGAACAUUGAUCAGCAGAGACAACAGGCGCAGCAGCGCUGCGGCGCUCCAAUUUAUUUGUGCACUGAGAGUGGUCUAGGAUGGGCUAGACCGCCUGGGUCGUCCAACAAUUCCCAGGAUGGAAGUGCAGAGAGCGGAGGGAGUGGUGGUGGAGGAGGCAGUGGAGGAGAGGGGGACUAUAUGGUCUUACCUCGACGGACAGUGAGCAUUAAACCGCCAACACCAUCCUCUCAAGGAGGAGGUCUGGGACUGGGAAGUGAAGACAAGCCUCUUAACAUCACUGUGGAGGAUCCCCCUUUCCCUCCUCCCCCAUCUCCCUUGACCCUUCAUCCUGCCGAAAGCGAGGCCUAUCCAGCGGAUUUUAUGCCAUCCAGUGUGGGUGACAUGAACAUCAACAUGAACAUGAACCGUUCCUACGGGACAAUCAAAACGUUGCCCCAUGGACACAGUCACGUGAUGGCUCCGGGUGGUCUAGUACGCUCUCACGGGGGUCACAUGCAUCCCCAUGGGCAUUCACUCCAGCUGAAGCCAGGCCAGAGGCCAUCAGUCAGACAAAUUCUGACAGGGGGAAGUACAGUGGAGAGAACCAGAACCCUGCCACGCAACCUUGGCAGCAACAAUGCCAAUGCUAAUCUCUCAGCAGGAUCCUUAGAGAGGAAAAGAGUACGAUACUCAGAGCUGGACUUCGAGAAAGUGAUGCACACUCGCAAAAGACACUCAGAGCUGUACCAUGAGCUCAACCACUCUUCCAAGUUCCACACCAUAGACAGGUAUAGCAGGGACCCAGCCAUGUCCACAUUCAAGAGGGAAAAGCGAUGGAGCAUUUCGUCUGCUGGAGGUGAAAAGAACUCAUCCAGUGACAAGUCAACAACUCCAGAAGACAGAAGCUCGUGGGACAGUUUUAAGACGAUGACCCCUGAACUGACCAUAAUGCCGGGAGAGCAGAAAGACCGCAUGGAGCUUCACAAUAAGAACUGGGACUCGUCAUCUGCAAAUACCCCGGACUCAUCUGAGGGUGACUUCCAGACUGAAGUGUGA